AGAAGGAGGAGGUGGAACAGUAAGAGAGACUGAGACACGUUUACCUCACUCCAGCAGGACAGCAGGUGCCAGGCUCGCUCGUCCAUGUGGUCUCGGCAGCAGCUCCGAGGCCAGCAGCUGCCUGCAGAGCCCAGGACAGGAGUCUGAUGUUGGGGUGAGAGAUCCUGCCAAUGCCCCCUGACCUCUCAUCAGCCCGCCUCCUUGACUGGAAAUAUGCUAUAGCCGCCUGACAGCCAAUCAAAAUGAUGGCCUCGGUGGUUGUCAGGGGCGCCCGGAAGAAGUCUCUCACGUUGAGAGGAGUGGACCCGGAGACCUGCAUGAUCGUGUUUAAGAACCACUGGGCACAGGUCGUGAAGAUUCUGGAGAAGCACGAGCCGGGUCGCAGCGGCGCUGGGGCGUUGAGUUUCCUCUCGGGUCACGCUAGCAGCCCCAGCGGCUCUGGAGCGCUACGCCUCGGCCCCAUCCCGGCUGACGAAGCCAGCGCCGUCCAGAACUAUGUGGAGCACAUGCUCUUCCUGCUGAUGGAGGAAGACGCAGGGCAAGGAGGAGCAAUGGGUCCGAUCCUGGAGUUUGUGGUUCUGGAGGGUGUGAUGGAGAGGUUGUUCCUGUGGAGCCUGAGGAGGCAGUUUACCGAGGACAUGAAGCUGGAGCAGCUCCGGAUGUACCAGAUGCUCCUGUCUCAGGCCAAACAGCCUCUGCUGCAUCACAAGCCUGUUCUCCGUCCGCUCAUGAUGCUGCUGGCCUCGUGUGCCGGAGCCGGAACCGACAGCGGUGGCGUGGUGGAGGCGGAGCUUGUCCUCCUGCUGAACCAGCUGUGUGUCGCUCUGGUCAAAGAUCCCUCAGUGCUGGAGCUGUUCUUCCACACCAGUGAGGACCAGGGAGCCGCCAACUUCCUCCUGUUCUCCCUGCUCAUACCAUACACACACAGACAGGGUUCAGUGGGUCAACAGGCCCGAGACGCUCUGCUGCUCAUCAUGUCUCUGUCGUCCUCCGAGCCUCGAGUCGCCCAGCACAUCGGAGAGAGCACAUACUUCUGUCCUGUGCUGGCCACAGGUCUGUCUGGUCUCUACUCGUCUCUUCCAGCCAGGCUGCAGGUUUACAGUGAAGACUGGCACUGUCUGGACCAGGCUGAUUGGCAGCAGGUUCCAGCUCUCGUCCACCUCCUGCAUUCACUGGACUUCUGUGGUGCUGUCACCAAGGUCGCUCAUCCCUCCAUCAGGUCUCAGUUGCUCAGUUACAUCUACAACGGCUUCUUGGUUCCUGUUCUGGCUCCGGCUCUGCACAAGCUGACGGUGGAGGAGGUGAUGACCACCACGGCGUACCUGGACCUGUUCCUGCGCUCCAUCUCCGAGCCCGCCCUCCUCCAAACCUUCCUGUCCUUCAUCCUGCUGCACACGCACGACAACGUGCACAUCCUGGACACGCUGGUCAGCCGGGUCAACACGCCGUUCCAGCUGGGUACAGUGUCUCUGGCUCUGUUCAGGACUCUGAUUGGUCUGUUCUGUGAAGACGUCAUGCUGCAGCUGGUGUUCAGGUAUCUGAUUCCCUGCAGCCACCUGAGCAGGAAGCAGCGCUCCUCCUUAAAGCAGAGGGACUGUUCCUCCACCAGCGCCGCCUCCUUCCUGCUCCUCAUGCCCUCCUGGUGUCCCGUGUACCUCCACAGCACAAACACACGCUCACACUCUGAACACAUCCACUUUCCCAAAGGAGCAGACCUGUCAGUGUCGGACAGUGUCGGUUACUGUCGAGGUUCCGAUUUCCUGAUGGAUGUAAACUACCUCCACUACCUCUCCGACGCUCGCCAGGCCAUCUCCGCCUCCCACAGGGCGUGCCGGCUCUGGUCGGCCCCAUAUGACGGGAUCAACCCUUCGUGUGACGAUAACCGAUCCGACACACCAGGGGGCGACGUAGAUGAAGAGGAGGAAUUUGUACAGCGGGUCAAGAGUGACUCCAUCUGCUCUUUGGUCACCACUCCUCCCCCCUCUGCCCUCUCCCCCACCCCCUCCUCCUCAGAUACCGUCUCCACGGGCAACCAGACAGGAAGGGCCGGUUCCGCUCUGGAGCUGGAGUGGGACGACAUUUUUGAAGAUGACGAUCUCUCUUCAUCAGUGAUGAUGAACUCAGGGUUUGCCAACGGCGCUGUGACUCUGGGUCCGCCUCCUCCUUUACCUCCGCAGCACAUCCAGGAAAUGCGACUUAGUGCGAUCAAGUUGGUGCACGGCUCGUACGUAGAGGAGUCCGAGUUUCAGGACGAUGUUCUCGUCUACGAUCUAGUCGCCCAGAAGGACACAAAGGCGGCCAUGUUGGAGCGAAUCAUGGCAGCGAAUCGACUGGCACGAGGAAGCACCUCACAUUGUCGGCUAGCGCCAACGGCAGUGACAACGUCAACGAUCACAACAAUGUUAACGCAAACAGGGAGAACGGUGAUGGAAACGGUUAACAGCAUUAUGUCGACAAGGAGGAGCGAGGAUGGAGAGAGGGAGGAAUGCCGGAGGGAGACUGGGAGAAGGAGGGAGGAAGAAGAAGAAGACGAGAAAAUCAGGCCUGAAUCACAAGGAGAGACGAGGGGACGUAAGGUUUUCACCAACGGUUUCAAUGUAAAGAAUCACAUCAUCAACGAAUGCGAUGAUGCUGAUGAAGAAGGCCAGUCGUUAAAGAGAAGCUGCAACCAGAGUGACCUCACAACUAACACAACUGUCAAUCACGAGCACACAACACAACAACAGCUCCUACGUCACAACAACCAAAAUACAACCACUCUACCCAAUGGCCACGAUGGAUCUGAGCCACAUUACACAACCACGUCUCCAGGUCUGCCUGAUAACAAAGUGAAGAACGGCUUCCUGUCCCAGUACCAUGACCUCAUGCUCUCCCUCGGGGUGGAGCCGGACUGCGAUGACAUGGCGGAGGACAUCGGCACGUUCAGAAGGCGGGUCCGAGCGCUCAGGCAAAAACUGGUGGAGGAGGAAGAGGGGCUCUUCCAAGACUCAGGUAUCAGUUCAUCGUGGGAUGACGGAGAGGUGGAAGGAGAUGAGGAGGAGGAGGCGAUGGAGGAGGUAGAGGAAGGAGAGGAGACAAAAGGCAGCAGGAGGAAUGGAGUUCCAUUUACAGGUCCGUUCAUCAGCGUCCUGUUAUCUCGGCUCGAGAACGUUCUGGAGAACUCCAUCGCUGUGAACCUGCUGGUGACGGGCAUCUUGGCCCAGCUGGCGUCGUACCCACAACCUCUGCUGAGAGGCUUCAUGCUGAGCACCGACACAACGCACACUCAGCCCAACGUACGCACUCUGUACCAGGUGUUGGUGUCGGUUCAUGCUCAGGUUGAGCGCUACGUGGCGGCCAGAGCAGAUUAUCCAGCGCUGGUGACUCAGGCCUGGAGGUUCUUGUUGGUGAAAGACCAGGACAGCAAGUUUAGAGAGUGCCUCGAGUCUCACGGCGGCGAUACCCUCCUGGACCCGUCCCUCCCCAACGGCUCUGUGAGAAACGCUCUGGCUCUGCCUCCUCUCGGCGUCCUGCCGCCCUGCCCUCCGAUCCCCCCCCAAGCCAAGAGCCGAGUGUUCGCCAUCGUCCUGUUCGCAGAGUUCCUCAAAGAGCUAGCCGCCAUCGCCCAGGAGCACAGCGUGGCACUGGACUGUUCUCCCGAGGAGUAAUCAGAGGAGAGUUGCCUGAGAAAGUGCCACUGAUGUGCCCGUGAGCAAGGCACUGCUGACAACCUCAAACAGAGGAAGUGAUACACAGCCAGCAGCAGAAGACGGGGGGGCUUUCUAAAAGUCCCAAAGCACAAGACAUGCAACACAAACUAUACCACCACAUCAUGUGAGUAAAUUAUAUUGAUUUCAUGCAUAAACUUGUACAUUUGUAUAUAUUCCUGGCAGCACUUGAAUAUCCCCCCCCCCAUGUGAAUAUGUUUGAUGAUUUAUGCUGAUGAAAAUAAUUUGAUGGGGCAUAUGUUGAAGAUAAAUAAUAUUCAUUGUCUAAAUGUUUGUGUGGUCAGUGAAAAUAGUUUCUACAACUGUUUCUGAAAUAUUUGUCUGUCCUAUUUUUAAAAAGAAAAGUACCUUAUUCCAGCUGAUUCAACUGUAAUGGUGAAAUGAAGAGUUUGUUGUGUUGUGUCUUUAUAUACACAAACACAAACACUACACAGUGAUGACAAUGCCUUACUUCAACACACUAAGAGAUUUCCGUGCAAUACACGCGAUGUGCAAGUUGUGUCUUGUCUCAUUUGCACUUGUAUCAGUUUGUGAUUCGUUGUUUUUAAUGUUAAUUGUGUGAUUUCAGUCUGUUAAUGUUUGUCCCUGUUUGUUUGUUUUUUUUACUUCACCGGUUACGUUUGAAAGAAGGCAAAUCUGACUUCCUGUUUGCAUUGGCUUCACUUUACCUGAGCUCCAUCCAACUGAGAUCUGUGUUCUCACUUCCUACAAUUUUUUACACCAACGAGGACACUGUGUUUUUUAAUUCUCAAACUUAUCGAUGGAAAACGUAAUCACUGUAUCUUUAAACGAAGCCGAACUCAGAAGUUCAUCCGACUCUUUUUUCCCUGGUUGUAAACACUACCGCCCUCGUCACUACACAAACCAUCAUUAUUACAUUGUUAUUAUGGGAUGGACGAAUCUGACUGGACUCUGAAGCAGUACGUCUCUCAGCCCAUCCUGUUGAGGGUCAAUGCUGCCAUCUGCUGGUGAACAACCACUGGAGGAAAUUAUGGUAUUAAG